CGCCAUGGAGCUGGCGGCCGGGAACCUCAGCGAGGGGAACCGAAGCGGGCCCGAGCCCCCCGCCGCGGAGCAGAGGCCACUGUUCGGCAUCGGCGUCGAGAACUUCAUCACGCUGGUGGUGUUUGGCCUGAUCUUCGCGCUGGGCGUGCUGGGCAACAGCCUGGUGAUCGCCGUGCUGGCGCGCAGCAAGCCUGGCAAGCCGCGCGGCACCACCAACCUGUUUAUCCUGAACCUGAGCGUCGCCGACCUGGCCUACCUGCUCUUCUGCGUCCCCUUCCAGGCCACGGUGUACGCGCUGCCCACCUGGGUGCUGGGCGCCUUCAUCUGCAAGUUCGUGCACUUCUUCUUCACCGUGUCCAUGCUGGUCAGCAUCUUCACCCUGGCGGCGAUGUCGGUGGACCGCUACGUGGCCAUAGUGCACUCGCGGCGCGCCUCCUCCCUGAGGGUGUCCCGCAACGCGCUGCUGGGCGUGGGCUGCAUCUGGGCGCUGUCCAUCGCCAUGGCCUCGCCCGUGGCCUACCAUCAGCGCCUCUUUCGCCCCGAGGCCAGCAACCAGACCUUCUGCUGGGAGCAGUGGCCCAACCACCGGCACAAGAAGGCCUACGUGGUGUGCACCUUCGUCUUCGGCUACCUGCUUCCGCUCCUGCUCAUCUGCUUCUGCUAUGCCAAGGUCCUUAAUCAUUUGCAUAAAAAGUUGAAGAAUAUAUCAAAGAAGUCAGAAGCAUCCAAGAAAAAAACCGCACAGACGAUCCUGGUGGUGGUCGUGGUCUUUGGGGUGUCCUGGCUGCCACACCACGUGGUCCACCUCUGGGCCGAGUUCGGCUCCUUCCCGCUGACCCCUGCGUCCUUCCUGCUCAGGAUCGCCGCGCACUGCCUGGCCUACAGCAAUUCCUCGGUGAACCCCAUCAUCUACGCGUUCCUCUCGGAAAACUUCAGGAAGGCCUACAAGCAAGUGUUCAAGUGUCACAUUCGCCAAGAAUUGUCUGUCAAUGAGAACCGGGAGAAUAAGAGCCGCAUGGACACCCCGCCGUCCACCAACUGCACUCACGUGUGAAGGAGACCGCGCCGCUCAGGCUGAGUCCCGCGGUGGGGAGGCCGCGUCUGAGCGCAGCGCCACGGUGCACACUAUUUCAAUCAGAUUUCCCUUCUGUUAAAACGUGCUCUCAUUCAUUUAGGAAAUUCCUAGAUUUAGUGAAGAUGGUUUUGAAUUUUAUUUCAUUUCUCAAUUAUAUUCAGAAACAAAAAUACUGUAUAGUUUUGUAUCUCUUAAAAGAUGAAAGUUCAACAGAAGUCUGUGGAUAAGUUCAAUUCUUCCUAGAAUGAGGACGGAUUCCCUCAACACACACGGUCAGCAAUAUUUGCAAAUCUACAUUUUAAAGCAAGUCCAUUCAGACAAAAGAAGUAUGUCUUAAUUCUCCAAUUUUAAGAGAAGAACUACCAUUAUAAACUUUGUGUUUUAAAAUAUGAUUGUGGACACACAAUGGGAAUUUUAACUUUUGACCAUUUAUGUGGAGACAGCUCUUCAGGGCAAAGGAAAGUUGCUGCAGUCCGGCUGUGAGCUGUGCUUUGCUUCAGGACAACGCUGCCUUUGAGAUACAGUGAAUUUACCCUAGGAUCAGGCUCAGCUGCAGCAGUGACCCUCAGCGUUGGGACAGUGACCCCUGGCUACAGCAGUAGGCACCCUCAGUUCACAGCUGUCCUUUGACCUGAGACCUUGUACAGUAAACUAAACUGAGCAGAAGAAAGUGCUGAAAGCCACUACCCUGAUACAGGAAGCCAAAAAUGAAAAUAAAACUAGGUACUGAAAUUUUACCUAUGUACCUGACAGUGGUAUUAGAUAUCCCUUGACAGGAAUCUGCACAAAAGAGAGAGUUUAAAAAGGAGACAGUGAGGAUGCCAUGUGGGUAAUAAUUUCUCAGGGGCCAAAGACCAGACAGAACUCAGUAAGUCACGUGGAGCAAUGUCACGGGGUGUGAGUAAAACAUCCUAAUAGCUUGACUUUGAUAACAUGUGAAGAAAACAAAUGUGGUGAGUGAAUACACCCAGAAGUAUCUUAUCUUGUACAAAUGCAUGCUUUUUCAUUUGCUACUUUUUUAAAUUUGUGAUUUAAUAUUUAAUUCACGUUUCUCCCAAAUAUUGUUCACUCUGAAAAUGUUAAUUGGGGGUUAGAACCAUUACCACUUGAGCUUCAAUUGUAGUUUUUAUGACAACUUCAUAUUGAUUUGUGUUUACAAUGAGAAGUGGCAUGAAAAAAUUAAAUUACCCCAGAUUAGGAAAGUAAUUUUUAUACUGCAGUGCUUUGAUGUAUUUUUUUCAGGACAUGAAAGCGAGAUGAUUUCUUUAAAAAGGGUUUUGUGAAGCACACAGCUGUGUCUAUUUGGGACUCCGUAUGAAAUAUCAAAUUUUAGGUAAAAUAAACUCAGUGUAGCCUUUGUGAUGUUAACUUUUCUAGCUUAUCAGUUUAUUUUCGCUCAUUAUGUUUCAGGAAAACUGUUUACAUUUGCAAUGAUAGAAAUAACUUUCUGGACAGAACAGAAGAAAACUGUUAGGAAGGAUGGGAACCUUCAGGGGCUUUUAUAUUUGUUGGUGAGAAAGAAGCUGUGCGUAUCUGUGAGUAUUUUAAAAAACAUUCUAAGUCCUUUGCACAAAAAAAACUUCUUGCACUUUAUUAAAAUAUAGGAGCAGAAAUAUUUUAUUCUGGAAAAUGAUAACCUCAUGUGGUUUGUGGGGCUUGGUGUUGCUGUUGCAAAUGCUGGAACAACAUCUUUGUGUGUGAAUUUGUACCACUGUGCAAAGCAGAGCCUCCUGGGAGCAUCUGAACCUGCAGGAUGAGAAUGAUUUCCUCCGCCCUGGCUGUGCCCUGGCCACCCCUGACUCGUAAGCAUGUAAAUGGAAGCAGCGAUAUAAAUAUACUGACUGAUGUUGCUUUUCUAAGAAGCUUGUUAAAACUGCUUGGGCACAAUGCGUUUGCCCGUGUGUAUUCCCUGGGUCCUGCCCAGACGCUGUGGGCACCGCAGAAGCCAGAGACCCAGCACUAGAGCAUGACUGGUCCUUGCAACCCCCGUCUUUGCUGAGUGAAAAUGCAAAUUGCUACAUUUUAUAGUACUAUAGAACACAUGUUCCACACAUGGCCAUUCUUAUCAGCUUCUCUUAAUCAGAAUUGAGGUCAAGUCUUUUGAAGCAAAAUUUGAUAUUAAUAAUAACUUACAUCCUGCAAAAAUCUAAACUAACAAAAAAUUUUAUGAAAGAAGUUUCCAGAAGAACUCAUAACAGAUUUAAACUACCCGGAGCCAUGUGGAGGAUGCUUCGCACCUGCUCCCGUGUAGAGGCUGCCUCGCACCUGCUCCCGUGUGGCUUUCCCAGUGUACAAUCAACAUGACCAUUUGGAAGCACCUUCGUUUCUGUCACUAAUUAAAGAUGGCCUCCCAGGUAGACACUUUCUGUCCAGCAGCCAGGCUUAGAGAGCAAUAUUGAGUGUGCCUUUCACGUCAGACUGUCUGAGAACAAUGUUUUCAAGUUACUUCAAAGAAAAUAGAUGCUUUCUCUUUAGAUUUCGUGGUCUCAGUGCCUCAGUGCCUGCAGACAGCUGUUAUUUUUCUGGGCUUUUUGCUUUCACAUAAGGACCCAGGCUCUGCAAUAUUUAAGUAGCUGAAACGCUUGCUGCUUCAAUGUGUAAGUGACUCCAGUCUUCCGCAGCACCCCUGGACGGGGUGGGAAGCACUUUUCGUGUCCCACCCCUGGAACAGAUUCUUCCUUGCUGUUCUGCCCAUGUUCAUGUUCAGCAAUGUGGGAGGCUGAGGCCACAUUCUGCAUCCUUUAGGGAAAUUAGUUUUGCUUUUAACAAAAUUGCUUUAUUUUACACAUUGGGAGUAAGUGCACCAUUUCCUGCUCCAUCCAAAACUCUUGUGCGUCUACCUUUUUGCCUGAAGUCGCUUCCAUGAAGAAUUUUUCACUUGACUGUUUACCAUAGUUAAAUUCCUCCUUCAACCCAGGCGCAGUGAGGCAGCAUGGAGAGGGUGGUGACUGCUGACUUGCGUGAGUCAUGCAGGGCUCAGCGCUCCUGUGACUCAGCUUUAACUGUGACAUUGCAGGUUAUUGCAUUUGCUCAGCCCCUUCGGAUGCUUUUAGACAGUGCAGUGGUAAUUCCAAUAAGUUACUUGAAAGCCAACACCAGCCUGGUUCUGAGCAGGAGGUGGGAGCUCACCAAGCAACAACUUCCUUUCCAAACAGGGCCGCAGAUGCCUGUGAGGACUGGCAUGCUUGUGUUGAUGUUACAUUGAAUAAAAUAACUUACUGUACAGAUCCUCUUGUCCUUGUUUUAAACUAUUUUUGAUGUAUGUUUGUAAAACUAUAUAAUCAUGUGAAUUGGGAAAAACCUAUGACUGUGGCUGCUUCCUUGGAAACUUAGUAUCUAAAAAGUGUAA